AUGACUCUUAAAACGAUUUUUGUAUUUCGUGAGUGUGGAAUAUUGUUUAGAUACAUGGAGAGUAAUAGAGUUGAUAACAAUACUUCUAAACCAAAGCGUAGGUAUCCCAACAACAAUAGAUCAAAUAAUACAAGGAGAAAUGAUAACUUGGCAAAAGAUUCUCCAAAAACUCCUGCUUUUGAAAAUAAUGAAACACUAGAAUUAGCAGAUAUUAUAAGAGAAUAUGGUGUUUCAACUAAGCAUGUAGUUGAUGGCCUUCCAACUUCAGUUACGUUUGUAUCGACAUGUGAGAUUUGUUACGAAGAAAGGGAAUUUUUUGGAAUGUUUCCUUGUAAUCAUUGUGUGUGUAUGCAAUGUUUAUUGAAGCAAACUUUGUUUACCGAAAAUAUUUCAUGUUGUCAUUGUAGAAAUAUUUAUGAUUCUAUUGUAUUUUUCCGUGUUAAUAAUCAGCUUCCAAAUCAAUAUCCUCCUAUAGAUAUUGAACGUUGCAAAAGACGUUAUGUUUCCCGAUAUAAUUCUAGAUUGCAAAGAAAAUAUAAUAUUGUAUUUGGUUGUAGUUUGACUGUCCAAGCCUUUGAUCACAUAUUAGGUCAUAGGUGUUACAUUUGUGAUAAGAAUGAUGAUGAUUCUGAUCACAAAACAUUUGCAAAACUUAAGGAACAUUAUUUAACUAAACAUAGAAGAAAAUUUUGUGAUGUUUGUUGUGAACAUGAGAAAAAAUUUUCUUCUGAAAGAAUCCCUUUUACUUUUUCUGAAUUUAAAGAUCAUCAACAAGGAAAGAGAACUUCAUGGGAAGAGUUGGCAACAAAUGGUCAUGUUAACUGUAGAUUUUGCCGUAAUAAAAUUUUCUAUGGUAGUGAAGAAAGAUUUCGUCAUUAUCGUUUAGAACAUCAAACUUGUGAAAUAUGUUUGAAAGAAAAUAAUGAAUUUAUGGUAUUUGAAAAUUUUAGAUGUUUAUUAUAUCAUUAUGAAAAUAAACAUUAUUUAUGUUCUGAUAAUGAAUGCCGUAAAUCUGGUUUAUGUUUUUCAACAGAUGCAGAACUUCAAAUUCAUAUAUCUGAAUGUCAUAAGAAAACAAAUAGGACUCAACCUGUACCACUAUCUUUUCCAUCAUCUUUGCGUGGUCCGAGAGUGCCUGCUAAUAAUUCUCAACCUGUUUCAGUACCAAAUGAACAGAGAAAUAUGACAACUAAUAUAAUUCCAAAUGCUGUUGUUAAGACGUCGUCAAAUAACCAAGGUAUUGGAAUGUAUAAUUAUAUUAACAACCGAACAAAUGUUGGAAUAAUUGAUAAUGAUGCAUUUCCAUCAUUGGUUUCAAAUGUUAAAAAACCUCCAGUUUCACAAAAUUUAACUACUGCUUCAUCAAUUGUUGCAACUACUAAACCUCUUCCUGAUUCUUCCAAAAAGAAAAGUGCCUAUGAGGCGACUGCUUCGGACUUUCCUAGUUUAUUAAAAGGUUCAACUAAAAAAAAUGACAACAAUGUAUGGGGUGCUGGUAAUUCACAAAAAUUAAAAAGUGCAUUAGCAAAACCUGUUGUAAGUGUUACAACUAAUAAAGCAAAUGUUCCAAAACCUAGAGAUUUUGAUCCAAAUACCUGGGCCAACUCUUCACAUUUGCAUGAUAAAAAUGAAGGGAAAAAUAAUAUUCCUCGUAUUUCUGGAUUUGCAGAUUUUCAGGAUGUUGUUGCUGGUUCAAAAUCUUCUUCCCUUAAUAAUAUGUCCUCUCUAUCCAUAUCUACAAAUAAAAAUGCUACCAAUCUUGAUAAAAAAGAGAAUGAAAACAAUGAAUUAUUUGUUAGGGCGGAUGGUUUUCAAACUCCUGCUAACACAAAAAGGCCAUCUUUAAAGAAAACAUCUGAACCUGCCAAAAAUAUUACUCCAAUUGAGGCAUUUCCAGUUCUUGGUAAUCCAAAUCAACCUAAAAAAAAUGAAAAAACAAUAGAAAAUUUAGAUAAUAAUACUAAAGAUAAGGAUAAACAAGAAAAACCAAAAGAUUUUAAUUCUGUUGUUGAUGAAAUGUUUAAAAACUUAAACAAAAAUAGAAGUUAA